AUGUCAACUGAAACCGAAAAUAACAAUCAGGUUGAUAGACCAAUUUGGUAUGAACCAUUCUUGGAUCGUGGUUUAGUUCCGGAUUUUUUACUUCGAAGAGCAAUUAGAGUCUUAUUAAAGGAAAGAUUAAGUUGGAUUCAGUUAGGAGAUGUAGCAAAGAAUCAUCAAAGAAAAAUCGCUUACGUUAAUUCAUUGAAAGAAAGGCCAAUUGCCGAGCAUACCGAACAAGCUAACAAACAACAUUAUGAGGUUUCCACAGAGUUUAUGAAGAUUUGUUUGGGAAGAAGAAUGAAAUAUUCUUGUUGCCUUUUUCCAAACGGAAAUGAAAGUUUGGACGCGGCAGAAGAAGCAAUGUUGGAAUCAUAUUGCAUCAAAGCUCGGUUGUCGGAAGGAAUGGAAAUCCUUGAUUUAGGUUGUGGUUGGGGAAGUUUGUGUUUGUAUUUGUGUGAGAAAUAUCCAAAUGCGAAAAUCACAGCAUUGUCCAAUUCAAACACCCAAAGACAAUAUAUCGAGUCAAUCGCGCAACAGAAGGGAUUUAAAAAUCUAAAAGUCAUCACUGCGGACAUCAAAGAAUUUGAAUUUGAAACUUUAACUCAAUUUGAUCGUAUUAUGUCGAUUGAAAUGUUUGAACAUAUGAAAAAUUAUGAAUUUUUAUUUACCAAAAUUUCAAAAUGGAUUAAAUCAAAGGGAUUGUUGUUUAUUCACAUAUUUUGUCACACCGAUCAACCAUAUGAUUUUACCAUUGGUGAUGGUUGGAUGUCAAAAUAUUUUUUUACGGGCGGAACAAUGCCUUCCGCUGACUUGUUACUUUAUUUUCAACGUCAACUACAUUUAGCUGAUCAAUGGAUUAUUAAUGGUAAUCAUUAUGGUCAAACUUCCGAAGAAUGGUUAAAAUUAAUGAAUAAAAAUAAAAAGGUUGCUUUGGACUAUCUUGCCGAAACUUAUGCAUCCGAUGAACUCUUAAUCGUACAUGAUUUACUCGGUCUCAUACAAGACCAUUUGAUCAACGUAAAAACCGAAUGGUUAAAGGUGAACUUUUCAACAGUUUUACACGUGGUGUUUGAAAGAGAAGCUUGUAAAGAUUUACAAGAUUAUUGUAUGGAUAAGAUUUGUUGGAAUCCGAAAAUAAUUUUUGAUGAUGCACAAGUCUUAAAAUUUGAGGAGUACGUUCUUGUAUCAUUAUUAAAACAUGAUAAUUUACAAAUUGAAGAGAUUGAACUAUGGGAUUACUUAAUUAAAUGGGGUAUAGCUCAAUUAGGAAAACAGAGAGAAUAUUUAGAGGAAGAUGAGGAUGAACCUCCUUCCCCCCCCUUAAAUGAUAUCAACGAUUUAUCGAAAUGGGAUGAGCGAGAUUUACAAGAUUUAGGAGAAAUAUUAAAAGAUUGUAUACCAUUAAUUAGAUUUUCUGAAUUUUCCAGAGGGGAAUUCUAUGAUAAAAUUUGGCCUUUAAAAGAUAUUUUGCCUUUAGAAUUAAAACAAGACAUUUCGUUAUUUCAUAAAAAUCUUGAAAUUUUACCCAAAUCACUUUUAUCCCCAAGGAAACCCAUAAUCUCAAUUAAUUCAAAUAUUAUUAAACCACAACAAGCUUCCAAAAUCCCUGAUUGGAUUAAUGAUCAAGAUCAUGUACAAUUAAAUUCACGAUUUAAUACGGAUAGGGCCAUCUACGAUGAUCCUUCGUUUGGUCCUUGUUUUGGUAAGACUGAUUUAGAUAUGAGGAGACAAUUUAAUGAAGAAAAUUGUUCUGCUAAACAACAAUGUUAUAAACAAUCAAUUGCCGAUACUUCGAAAUUUGCCGUGGAUGAUUAUGAAGUAUUUCAGGUUUUACGUCAUACCUCGGGAUUCCUUACAAAUCCACAGAGCCAAGUUCCGCUAGCCGAACUUCCAAGUGAGACAGGAUUUCCGCAAGAGUACCCAUCAUAUGAUAACGAUUCUGAGUUUGAUGUUUUUGAUUUUUAUGAAUAG